GAUGUGGGACAGAGCAGAGGGGUGUGUGAGCCAGAGAAAGAGAAAUAUUUCCACCCACCUAACAAGGAGUCACACUCAUAAACAGGCAGACAGACAGGGUGGGAGUCAGAACGACACAAGUUCUCAGGGCAGCAGCAGUUCAAACUUUUGCAAACUUUCUCUGAGAGCUGAUGUUAUUAAAGGAGAGGACAUCUCUCAUACACCCUCCAACACUUACUUGCUAAUGACCACUGAGCCAUUCAAACUUACUAGCAAGUACAGGAUUGACUAGAAAUAUUGGCAUCCAAAAAAAGAGGAGAGGGCCAUCAAGGAAAGACACAGCAAAUUCUUUAUCCUGACUCAAACACUCACGGGUGCUGAAGGUGUGCUACCUACUGUGAGGAGCAGGACUGUUCCAGCCCUACAAGUGGAGCAUCAAAGAGGAAGCAGCAAGCGAGUGGAUGGAUGCCUUCUGUCGACUCAGUGGCCUGGACCCUCUGUGGGACUGGAACCGCACAUGGUACACAGCCAACCCAGACUUGACCCAGUGUUUUCAGAACACAGUUCUAGUGUGGGUCCCUUGUAUUUAUCUGUGGUUCCUUACCCCUCUCUACUGCCUUCACCUUUAUUGCCAUGACCAUGGACGCAUUGAGGUGUCCUCCCUUUGUAUCGCCAAGAUGGUGCUCGGGUUUCUGUUGGCCUCCUUUGGCUUUGUGGAGUUCUUCUACAUCUUACUGGAGAGGAACGGAGAAAUCGAGCAACACAUGAUCUUCCUUCUCAGCCCCAUCAUACGCAGCAUGACUGUGAUCCUGGCUAUAUGUAUCAUCCAGCUGGAAAGAAUACGAGGUUGUCGCUCUUCUGUGUUCCUCUUCCUCUUCUGGGUCUUGGCUGUUGUUUGUUCCUUAGUGCCACUCAGAGCAAAGAUCCAGCUGGCCAUAGAUGAGGGCAUUGAUUCAGAUAUGGUGAGAUACUUGGCCUUUUUCUCCUACUUCACCAUUCAACUGGUCCAGCUCUUCUUAUGCUGCUUUGCCGACCAACCUCCAGAGGGGAAAAAGGUGUUUGAAAAGAAUCCUUGCCCUGUGAAAGAUGCUUCUUUUUUGUCCAAGAUUGUUUUCUGGUGGUUCACCGGACUUGUUGUGAAGGGAUAUCGUACUCCUCUGGCAGCCGAGGACCUGUGGACGCUGAGAGAGGAAGACACGUCACAUAAGAUUAUAUCUGUACUGCAAGAGGACUGGACAGUAGAAUGUGCCAAGAUUCAAAAGCAAGAAAAGGCCUUGACUUCAGGUGUGGCGCUGGGGAGCAGGUUGCCCGACCAAGCUCAGCUCCUCAGGAAGCUUCACAAAGAGCAAAGUUCUGGCUUCUUUUUGUUCCGAACUCUGGCACGCAAUUUUGGUCCAUACUUCCUUACCGGCACCCUGUGUAUCAUAUUCCAUGAUGCCUUCAUGUUCGCCAUUCCCCAGGUGUUGAGUCUUCUCCUGGGCUUCAUGAGAGAUGAAGAUGCGCCAUUAUGGAAAGGCUACUUUUACGCCACUCUCAUGUUCCUGCUCUCUUGCCUCCAGUCCCUCUUCAACCAUCAGUACAUGUACGCUUGCUUCACUGUGGGAAUGAGGGUUAAGACAGCUGUUAUGGGCCUGGUAUACAGGAAGUCUUUGGUGAUAAAUAGCGCUGCCAGGAGGACCUGCACUGUUGGAGAGAUUGUAAAUCUGGUUUCGGCGGAUACACAGAAGCUCAUGGACUUUGUAGUGUACUUCAAUGCUGUCUGGCUGGCCCCCAUAGAAAUUGCUCUUUGUCUCUUCUUCCUGUGGCAACACCUUGGACCAUCAGCUUUGGCAGGAAUUGCCACAGUCAUCCUCAUUUUCCCAUUGAAUGGACUGAUAGCAAAGAAAAGAAGCAAGCUGCAGGAGGUUCAAAUGAAGUUUAUGGAUGGCCGUAUCCGACUAAUGAAUGAGAUCUUGAAUGGGAUAAAGAUUCUGAAGUUCUAUGCCUGGGAGAAGGCCUUCCUGGAGCAGGUGUUGGGUUAUAGAGAAAAAGAGCUGAAGGCCCUGAAGAAGUCUCAGAUCCUCUAUUCCAUCUCUAUUGCAUCUUUCAAUUCCUCUUCUUUCAUGAUUGCUUUUGCAAUGUUUGGAGUCUACGUAAUGCUUGAUGACAAAAACAUCCUGGAUGCACAGAAAGUUUUUGUUUCAAUGGCACUCAUCAACAUUUUGAAGACCCCACUUAGCCAGCUUCCAUUUGCAAUCAGCACAACCCUGCAGGCUGUGGUUUCACUGAAACGUCUGGCAAAAUAUCUGUGCUCAGAUGAACUCAAAGAGGACAAUGUCUUGAAGGCUCCAUUGAGUUCUGGCGGGGAAGAUGUGCUGAUUGAAAAUGGAACUUUUAGCUGGUCAGCAGAGGGCCCGCCAUGUCUUAAAAAAAUCUCCAUCCAUGUGCCGCGGGGUUCGCUUGUGGCCGUGGUUGGACAUGUGGGCAGCGGAAAGUCGUCUUUAUUGUCUGCCAUGCUUGGAGAGACAGAGAAGAGAAGCGGCCACGUUAGCGUGAAGGGUUCCACAGCAUACGUGCCCCAGCAAGCCUGGAUCCAAAAUGCCACACUCCAAGACAAUAUUCUUUUCGGCCGUGAAAAGCUGAAGACGUGGUACCACCGCGUGUUGGAGGCCUGCGCCCUGCUGCCUGACCUGAACAUCCUACCUGCUGGAGAUGCAACAGAAAUUGGAGAGAAGGGGCUAAACCUCUCAGGUGGACAGAAACAGAGAGUGAGUUUUGCUAGAGCUGUCUAUCGAAAGGCAGAUGUGUAUCUGAUGGAUGACCCACUGUCCGCUGUUGACGCACACGUCGGUCAGCACAUCUUCGACAAAGUCAUCGGACCCAAAGGAGUGCUUAGAGACAAGACCCGUAUCCUGGUGACCCAUGGGAUGAGCUUCUUGCCACAAGCUGACCUCAUUCUUGUCCUUGUAAACGGAGAAAUCACAGAGAGCGGCUCUUACCAGGAACUCCUCAGCCGCCGUGGGGCCUUUGCGGAUUUCAUCCACACGUUUGCCAGCACCGACCGGAAAGAAAGCGCCAUACAAAGAGCUGGCUCGAGGAGGUCCAAUGCUCGUCUCAGCAUGGUUGACUUCAUGCCAUUCUCCAGAGACUUGUCUCAAGAGCAGCUUAUUGGGGGUGAUACAACAAAUACAAACUUGCAGAAUAUGGAGCCUGUGUCCGAAACAGAGCAGGAACAGGUUCCUGAAGAGCUUGGGAAGCUCACAGAGGUUGACAAGGCCCACACUGGACGAGUGAGGCUGGAGAUGUACCAAAAGUACUUUAAGACCAUAGGCCUGGCCAUCAUCAUUCCCAUUGUCUUCCUGUACGCGUUUCAGCAGGGAGCCUCGCUGGCCUACAAUUAUUGGCUGAGCAUGUGGGCUGAUGAUCCAAUUGUUAACGGUACCCAGAUUGAUGCCGACCUGAAACUGUCUGUCUUUGGAGCACUGGGAUUUGUUCAAGGCGUCGCGAUCUUUGGUACCACCGUAGCUAUCUCCAUCUGCGGCAUCAUUGCGUCCCGCCAUUUGCACAUGGACCUCCUGGUCAAUGUGUUGCAUUCGCCCAUGUCUUUCUUUGAAUGCACGCCCAGCGGCAACUUGCUCAACCGCUUUGCCAAAGAGAUUGACGCCAUUGACUGCAUGGUGCCCGAGGGCCUGAAGAUGAUGCUGAGCUAUGUUUUUAAACUCAUGGAGGUGUGCAUCAUUGUGCUCAUGGCAACACCCUUCGCCGCUGUGAUCAUUCUUCCUCUCGCAUUCCUCUAUGCAUUUGUCCAGAGUUUCUACGUUGCUACAUCCUGUCAGCUCCGGAGGCUUGAAGCUGUGAGCCGCUCCCCUAUCUACACCCACUUCAACGAGACGGUGCAGGGCGCCAGUGUCAUCCGAGCCUUUGGCGAUCAGUCCAGGUUCAUUCUGCAAGCCAACGACAGGGUGGAUUUCAACCAGACCUCCUACUUCCCCCGAUUUGUGGCCACCCGAUGGCUGGCAGUCAAUCUGGAGUUUGUUGGUAAUGGAGUGGUGUUAGCAGCUGCCAUUCUGUCCGUGAUGGGAAGGGACACCCUGAGUCCAGGCAUAGUGGGUUUGGCUGUGUCACAUUCCCUCCAGGUGACUGGAAUCCUGAGUUGGAUUGUAAGAUCCUGGACUGAUGUGGAAAACAACAUUGUUUCUGUGGAAAGAGUAAAUGAGUAUGCUGACACUGCCAAAGAGGCCAGCUGGAUUAUAGAAGGCAGUUCUUUGCCCCUGGCUUGGCCCCAGACAGGCACUAUAGAGUUCCAGGAUUACGGUUUACAGUACCGCAAAGGCCUGGAGUUGGCUUUGAAAGGCAUUACUUUGCAGAUUCAUGAAAAAGAGAAGGUGGGCAUUGUGGGACGGACGGGAGCUGGGAAGUCCUCACUUGCCCUUGGAAUAUUUAGAAUCUUAGAAGCAGCAAAGGGAAAGAUCUUUAUUGAUGGAGUCGACAUCGCCAACAUUGGACUUCAUGAUCUUCGAUCACGCAUUACUAUCAUUCCCCAGGACCCAGUGCUGUUCUCGGGCUCUCUCCGGAUGAACCUUGAUCCGUUUGACACCUACACCGAUGAAGAAAUUUGGGGUUCAUUAGAACUUGCUCACCUCAAAACCUUUGUGUCCAACCUGCCUGACAAACUCAACCAUGAAUGCUCAGAAGGAGGAGAAAACCUCAGCUUGGGUCAGCGUCAACUGGUGUGCCUUGCGAGAGCCUUGCUGAGGAAAACCAAAAUCUUGGUUUUGGAUGAAGCAACAGCUGCUGUGGACCUGGAGACUGACACACUGAUCCAGUCCACAAUCCGCAUCCAGUUUGAAGACUGCACUGUCUUGACCAUCGCUCACCGCCUUAACACUAUCAUGGAUUACACAAGAGUGAUUGUCAUGGACCGAGGUCACAUCUCUGAGAUGGAUUCCCCAUCCAACCUGAUUGCACAGCAGGGACAGUUCUUCAGAAUGUGCCGAGAAGCUGGACUAGUCUAGAAGCAUGUUUUUUCCGUGAAAAUUUGGCACAUUUUUUCACAUGGCAUUUCAACAAAAGUUGAGUUGGCCCUUCCAAGCUUUGUGGCAGCUCAACUGAGGGCAUUGUCAUUGAGGGGCCAGAGAUGCCAUCAACACAGCCAAUGGUCCAAGGUUUCUUUCACACAUGGACAUGCUGUACCGAGUCAGGAAAAAAAAAAGAUUAUUAACAUGAAAAGGAAGCUACAGUGCAAUCUGGAAAUGUACAAGCUAUUAAUGUACAUAUACAUAGAGUUGUGGAAUCCGUUCAUUCUAUUUAAGGAUUAAGGCAAAGCCUGGAAUGAAAGGGAACCACAAAAUAUAUGGAUUGUUAUUCCUGUUUUGAAUGGGAGCAGUAAUAUUUGUGUUUUAAGCACGACAUAUAUUUAAUGUUUUCUCAGGCUUUGUUGUUGAUGUUUACUUACACCAUUUUUAAGUCUUGAAUUCCAAAAAGAGGUAAUCUGCAUCUAUAAAGGUUUUUGUUUUCCAAGAAUGAGGACAGAAAUUACGCUGACAUACUGACCAACUGGAGUAUUCAACCUGGCAAAUGUGAGGGAUUUGAGGUUUUCAGAACCAUCAGAAAUGAGUAUAAAGCAGCCAAUUUGGAUUGUUUAUAUGUCAGAGAAUAAACGAAAAACAAUUGUGUGGGCCAAGACAUUGGCAGGCAGUUGGGGUUUUUUUCUGUCAGAGUAAACACACAAGGUCCAAAGAAAUCUUGCUGGUCAGAUUUAACCUGAUGCAUAUAUGUGAAAACCCACAUUGAAUGAAGAGAAUGCUUCUUCUCAAGAAUGGCAAUAAAUCUUGGUGAGAGAGUGAAUUUCUCUCCACCACCGCAAUACUCAGGCCCUACAUAUACUGUAUAUGUGAGAUAUUUCACUAUUGUUCUUUUCUUCUUUUUUUUAUUGCUGACGGUACAAAGUGUAAGAUAGUCCUCCCCGACCUUGAUGCUUGAUUGAAAGCAUUAUGAGCUUUUUGCAAAGAAAAGUCAUUAUGCUGUUUUUGUCUUACUGGUUUAGACAAUCUUUUCAAGGAGAAACCAUAUAGUUUAUUUAUGUGGUAUUUCAAAACAUGUCCUCACAAUACUGAGGAUUGUAUUAUAUUUAUACUUUUUAUAACAAGCUGUUUUCAUUUUUCAUUGACUAAUUACUAUUAUUGUAUCGUUGUAUGCAACGUUGUGCUGAAUAAUAAACGUGUAUUUGAUUCAA